GCUGCUGCUGCACCGAAUUGCUGCUACAGACACCAGUGACAGACGGGGCAAUAUUACUCCUAAAGUGACUUGGAAGAUGAGGGCUGCCAUCUCACUGCUGGUGCUGCUGCUCUCCGUGUGUGGAGUCCAGACAGAGAGCCACGGCACUGACGCCUCUACCCAGCUGGACGUCUCUACUGAGCUGAAGGAACUCAGAGACAUGCUGGUGGAGCUGAGAGCAGAUAAUGUAGCUGUGAAACAAAGACUGGCAGCCAGUGAGAGUAAGGUGGAAGCUCUGGAGGCAGAUAAUGUAGCUGUGAAACAAAGACUGGCAGUCAGUGAAGCAGAAAAUGUAGCCGUGAAGCAAAGACUGGCAGCCAGUGAGGAUAAGGUGGAGGCUCUGGAGAAUGAGAUCAAAGCAGCACCCAAGGUGGCCUUCUCAGCAGCUCUGAAGGAAUAUGGACAUGGAUUCACACACUCUGGGAGUAAUGAUCUGAACUUAGUGUUCAAGAGAGUCAUCACCAAUGUAGGAGAGGCAUACAGCAACACAACUGGCUUCUUCACAGCUCCAGUCAGGGGGGUCUACUACUUCAGGUUCCCUGUUAUGGAUUAUCUGACCUCACGCUGGAUGGUUAUCAAGAUGUAUAAGAAUGGAGAGAAGCUUGUGUGGCUGGGGGAGUAUGACACUGAUAGAAAGGCCUCCUAUCUGUCCAGUGGCCUGGCUCUGCAGCUGGAUAAGGGAGACACAGUAAACAUGGUGCUGCCAAAAGGGAUAGAAGCAGGCUACAGACUCUGGGAUAAUAUUAGAUGGAGCUACAGCACCUUCAGUGGCUUCCUGCUCUUCCCUCUCUGAACGCCACGACAUCACCAUGACCACAUUCAUUUUGGAGAUUAGUAAACAUGGUGCUGCCAGGAGGCCGCAGACUCUAUGAUCAUAAUCUUGAAAACAACAGCACCAUGACCACUCACAGGGACGC